UCUGAAAAAAAAAUAAAUAUAUUCUGCUCUGAUUCUUCAAUGAUUUUUGUUGUUGUUGUUUCUCUUUUCAUUUGAAUAGAUCGUUAUAAACGGCUUAAAGUCAGCAAAUUGAAAUUCAUCUUCUUCUCUAUCUGACAACAAUUCAAGAAUCACCAUGUUCGACACUAUCGAUGAUAUUGAUAUCAACGAAAAGGCUCUGUUCAAAGGUGUUCGUGUAUCAAAAUAUCGUCAUGUUUAUGGUGUGGUUGCACGUAAAGAUCAAUGUUAUGAUAAUAUACCGAUAACAAAAAAUGCACACGAUAGUACAUUUUGUGCAGCAAAUCCAAAGUUUUUGGCAAUCGUGACUGAAAGUUGUGGCGGUGGCAGCUUUAUCAUCAUACCUAUCGACAAAGCUGGACGUAUUGAUUCACAUGCAGGUCGUGUGACUGGACAUCGUGGUCAGAUCUAUGAUAUCAAAUGGAAUCCAUUCAAUGAUAAUGUCAUUGCUUCUUGUUCAGAUGAUACAACGAUCAAGCUUUGGUAUAUACCAGAUGAAGGUCUACUUAGUCGUAAUAUGCAACAACCUAUCAUCGAAUUACGAGGCCAUAAACGUCGAGUAAAUUUUAUUGAAUGGCAUCCGACGGCUGAUAAUAUAAUUGUAUCGGCAGGUUCUGAUCAUUUAAUGAUUGUUUGGAAUACAUUGACUGCCGAUGCUUGUCGAGUAAUUACCUGUCAUACUGAAACCAUUCAUUCAAUGUCAUUUAAUCGUGAUGGAAGUCUAAUAGCAACUACAAGCAAAGAUAAAAAAUUGCGAAUCAUCGAUCCAAGAUCGGCUCAAGUUGUUAAUGAAGGUCUUUGUCAUCACGGAACCAAAGCAUCGAAAGUCGUAUAUCUGGGUGAUUCUCAGCGAUUAUUCACUGUCGGUUUUUCUCGCUACAGUGAUCGUCAAUGGGCUGUUUGGUCGGAACGUGACCUAAGCUCACCGCUCACAAUUGAAAAUAUUGAUUCAUCUUCUGGAGUUUUGUUCCCCUAUUAUGAUCAUGAUACUCGUAUGGUUUAUGUUGCCGGUAAAGGUGAUGGCAAUAUUCGAUAUUAUGAAACUACCGAUGAACAUCCUUAUUGUCAUUAUCUAUCACAAUUUCUAUCCGGAUUUCCACAACGUAGUCUUGGAAUGAUGCCUAAACGUGGAUGUGAUGUUUACAAAUGUGAAGUUGUGCGUUUCUACAAACUACAUGCAACUAAACCUAUUUGUGAGCCCAUCUCAAUGAUAGUACCACGAAAAUCCGAACAAUUCCAAUCAGAUGUUUUUCCAGAUACUGCUGCUCCUACACCAGCAUUAACGGCUGAUCAAUGGCUUAGUGGUCAAAAUCGCAAUCCCGUUCUGUUUAAUCUAAAGACAGGCGCAGGUGCAAAAACUAACAAACCGAUUUUUAUUCAACAACCAUUUAAUCCGGUUAUCAAAACGGCCAUUGGUGAGCGUAAAUUAGAAUUCAUAUCGAAAUCGAAUGCAGUUGAUUAUCGGGAAAAAGAUUAUAUUGAUGAUGAAAAACCUCAACAACGACAGGCUUUGAUGAAUGGCCAUAAACACGAACUACGAGAAAAUGGACAUUGUAUGGGCAAUCAGCAACAAACAGUGAAUGGUUCAACACCGCAAAAAAGUCAUUCUAAUGGUCAUUUCGAAACUAAUAAAAAUCAUUUCAGUCAAUCAAAACCAAUGAAAUCUGAGUCAGCAUUGGCACAAAAUUUUCGUGAAUCAAUCACGAAAUCUACAUCAAAUGUUCCGUUACGAUCUCGAUUGCCAUGGAUCAAAGAUGAUCUUAAUCGCGAUGUUGAACAAUUAUCGAAACCAAUGUGUGAUAUAGUCAGUUUAAAUCAAGUCAAACAUCACCUGCCAUCUGCUACACCAAAUAUGAUCACGCUCAAAUACGAUGAUGAUGAUGACGAUGACGAUGAUGAUUAUGAUCAAGAUGAUGAUGAUUCGAAUGAUUCGGCAGCAGCCGAUGCAAACACAACCGAUGAUAGCAUUGCUGAAGAAUUGGCCUUUUCCACAGGCAUAAAUCAUACGAAUAAUAGUAAUGAAAGCUUUAACACCACCACUUCUACCACCACUGAAGGUGGUGAUUGUGGACACCUCGAAAAUGGUAAUAAUGCCUCCUCUGAUUGUAUGAACAUCAACGAUCAAGAUCUCAAUGAAGAACUGAAUCCAAAUCCGAAAAAUGAACGCGAGCUUUGGCGAGCGUUUCAAGAACAGCGUGCAAUUAUACAUAAAUUACAAUUGCAAUUGAAUGAAAAAAACAAACAAAUCGAAGAACUGAAACAUUUAUUAGAAAACAUUAACAUUCGAACAGACUAAUUGAUGACUGAAGAUAUCAAUU